GACAUAUGUAUUUAUAAGUCUCUCCCAUUCAUCAUCAGCUGUCAAGGCCAGACUUCAUCCUCGAGAAGUGACCUCAAGCUUUCCAUCUAUCCUGGGAUGGAGCAGAGCAGGUACAAUGAUUGAGCCCAGAUCAUUGGUACGUGGCGCGGUCUGGUCAGCGAUAGAUCUCUCGCGAAGUGCGGGGAAGAUGGCGAGUACCGAGAAACACCAUCAGGCAAGACGGGGUUCACUGAUAUUGUGUACGAAAGCAAUGAUCUUUGAAGGUCAAGUUGGCCGAUGGUCUCAAGCCUGAUACCCGUUAUCGUAGGAGAUGCUUCAUCCUUUUCACUUUAGAGCCC